GGGAUGGAAUGAUCACCGCGACCGCGUGUGUGCGGCGAGAGAGAGCGCCGAUGUUGUUUUUGUAUUCUUGAUUUCUCCGCCAUGUGGGUGGUCGUCGCCGUGAAUGGCCGCGAGGGCGCUAGGCAGCGUUGCUAUGCGACCGCCGGCUCGGCCAAUCAGAACGUCGCUUGCCAGACGGCACCGUGGCCGCAGCUCAGUCUUUCCGAGAUGUUCGCGCUGUUCGGAAGUUCAACACUCGUAGUCUGUUUAAGUGAGUGUCCGCCGUCGCCGUGUGUGUGUUAACGUGUGUUCUAAUGUGGAUAUUAGGGUGGUCGGGACGGUAUGAAGUGCCGCUAUGGUGUUCGAACAACCACGCCACACAUCAGAUCUCUUUGUGAGGACUAGUUGGAUAGACGCAGGUCUCGCUCUUUCGCAAAUCGACAAGGGCAGAGCUGAGGGCCGCAGAACUGCUCUAUGGUUCCGGGCUCGACUUCAGUCACAGUUGUUCCAGCUGGGUUGUUUUCUACAUCGUCACGCCGGUAAAGUUUUGUUCGUCGCUUUACUCGUUCUCUCGUCUUUCUGUGUUGGACUCAAAUCAGCUGUUAUACACUCACGUGCCGAGCAGUUGUGGGUUGAAGAGGGUGGCCGACUAGAGGCGGAACUCCGUUAUUCCCACAGUGUCCUAGGGGAAGCUGAGGCUUCCACCCACCAGCUGAUCAUCCAGACCCCCAAGGAGGCCCAGGCGUCGCUGCUGCAUCCAGGAGCUCUCCUGGGCCAUCUGGACGUCGUCAAGGCGGCGGCCAGCGUCACAGUCAACCUCUUCGACAUAACUUGGAGACUGAAGGACAUGUGCUAUUCCCCUAGCAUUCCGAAUUUCGACAUCCAUUACAUCGAUCAAAUUUUCGAAAACAUGAUACCCUGUGCAAUAAUAACACCUUUAGACUGUUUUUGGGAGGGUUCCAAAUUAUUGGGACCUGACUAUCCUGUAGCGAUUCCGGGAGUAGGCACCAAAGUCAAAUGGACGAAUCUAAACCCACUUAGGUUGAUGGAUAGAAUGAAGAACAACUACGAACCAGGAUCUUUUCCAUUCAGCACGCUGGAGCAGCAUUUGAAAAGGGCUGGUAUCAGUACAGGAUAUCAAGAGAAACCUUGUCUAAACCCUAAGGAUUCUGAAUGUCCUUCUUCUUCUCCCAACAAAGCUACAGGCCAGAUCCCGGACAUCGGGGCUGAGCUGACAGGGGGGUGUUAUGGGUUCGCUGCCAAGUACAUGCAUUGGCCGGAGGACCUUAUUGUUGGGGGAGCCAAGAGAAACAAGACUGGACAUAUACAAAAGGCACAUGCUUUGCAAACAGUCAUUCAAUUGAUGGGGGAAAAAGAGCUUUAUGAAUUCUGGUCAGAUACUUACAAAGUCCACCAUGUGGCGUGGAGUCAAGAAAAGGCUGCUUUGGUGCUGGAAACAUGGCAAAGGAGGUUUUCUGAGGAGGUUAAAAGGCAGAUGAGUGGAUCAGGAGAUGCGAAUCCUUCUCUGCUCGCUAACUACAACUUCUUUGCUUUCUCGACGGCAACGCUGAACGACAUCCUUUGCAAGUUUUCAGAACCAAAUUACAUCAAAGUUGCCAUCACUUAUGCAUGCAUGAUAUUGUAUGCAGCCGUGUCGCUGGUAAAGUGGCACGACCCCAUCAAGUCCCAGUGUACCGUCGGCAUCGCUGGCAUCAUUCUAGUCUCCAUCAGUGUCGCGGCAGGCCUCGGGCUCUGCGCGGUGUUGGGAAUUGCGUUCAACGCAACCAUAACGCAAAUUGUUCCUUUCCUCGCUCUCGGCCUGGGGGUCGACAAUAUGUUCCUACUCACACAUAUGUACGCGGAGCAAUCUAGUUCCGAGGCUCAGUUCGAUGAGCAAAUAGGUGUUCUGCUCAAGAAGUCUGGUGUGGGGAUGUUACUGUCCUCUCUCAGCAAAGUCCUCACCUUCAUCGCCGCUGCGCUCAUCCCCAUCCCCGCUCUAAGAGUGUUCUCUCUCCAGAUCGCCAUCUUGUGCCUGUUCAACCUGGGAACCAUGUUGUUUGUUUUUCCCGCCAUCUUGAGUCUCGACAUCAAGAGGCGCAGGGCUGGUCGUCCGGACCUUCUCUGCUGUUACCUCCCAUCACCAACCUCGCCACUCAAACGAUCGACUCCAGAGAAGCGACAGACGAUUACAAGAGCUUUGCCACCGGACAGACAACAAACUGUUACGUCAGUCGUGACUGCACCAGCUACUCCAUCACCUCAGCUUUCUAGAAAUGACCGUUGGAGUGGCUCAACUAACGAACUGAUAAACGAGCCUGGCUCGCUGCUCGAGUCGCUGUUGGAUGAGUCGUGUGUCUGGCGAGGUGUCGGCUCGUGGUACGCACCUUACCUUUGCAAGGGAGCUGUCAAAUUCACGGCCGUCGUCUGUAUGAUUGGCGUCUUGGUGUUCAGCAUAUGGGGAAUCACCAAGUUGACAGACGGACUUGACCUAACGGAUAUCGUGCCUCGGGGUACGACAGAACACUCGUUUCUUGCGGCGCAAGGUCGAUACUUUGGUUUCUACAACAUGUAUGCAGUCACCGGACGAGACUUUGAGUACCCGACCAAUCAGAGGCUUCUCUACGAGUAUCACGAGUCCUUCAUGAGAGUCCACAGUGUCAUUAAAAAUGACAAUGGCGGUCUUCCCGAGUUUUGGCUCGGCCUGUUCCGGGAUUGGCUUAUUGACUUACAGAAGGCAUUUGACCGUGAUUGGAGCAAUGGCUGCAUAACGCAAGAGUUCUGGUUCAAGAAUGCUAGUGACGAGGGGAUUCUCGCGUACAAGUUGCUAGUUCAGACGGGACACGUCGACAACCCGGUAGACAAAUCUCUCAUCACACAAGUGCGGCUGGUGAAUGGCGACGGUAUCAUCAAUCCCAAGGCAUUCUACAACUACCUGUCUGCGUGGGCUUCCAACGAUGCUCUGGCCUACGGAGCGUCUCAAGCCAACCUCCGCCCCGAGCCUAAAGAGUGGUUCCAUGUUCCGAGUGAACACGAACUGAAAAUACCCAAAUCGGCUCCCCUAGUUUACGCGCAACUUCCCUUCUACCUUCACGGCUUGGGCGACACGACCAAGAUAACCAAGCUUAUCAAACAAGUGCGUGAUUUGUGUCAGAGGUUUGAAGCACGAGGACUUCCCAACUUUCCCUCCGGGAUUCCGUUCCUGUUCUGGGAGCAAUACCUCACGCUACGUCAAACUCUUGGUAUUGCUCUACUGACUGCGCUGGCCGCUGUGUUUGUGUUAGUGUCUGUGAUGCUUGUGAACAUUCGUGCUGCUGUGGUGGUAACCGUGACUCUUGCCAUGAUGAUAGUGCAACUGCUCGGCCUCAUGGGAGCUGUGGGUAUCAAACUGAGCGCUGUACCAGCUGUGUUGCUCAUUGUCUCCGUCGGAAUUGGAGCACAUUACACCGUUCACAUGUGUUUGAGUUUCCUAACAAGUAUCGGCAGGCGGAAUCGCAGAAUGAGGUUGGCAGUCGACCACAUGUUUACGCCCAUAGUUCAGGGAGGGUUGGCAACAAUGGUGGCAAUUGCGAUGCUCUCUCUCUCAGAGUUUGAGUUUGUAGUGAGGUAUUUCUUCUACAUCCUAGUAGCUUUAAUUGGUGUUGGUCUGACCAACGGUUUGUUCUUCUUCCCCGUGCUGUUGUCGCUGUUUGGACCCGCAGCCGAGGUCGUGCCGCUGCACCACCCCGACCGCAUCUCCACGCCGUCGCCCGAGCCUGUGCGACGCAGCGUAACGGCGCCCAAGUGUCGUGUGGCUCCCCCUCCUUCGCGCAGUCGUCACGCGCCGCCCCAGCGAGAGCCUAGUCUCACAACCAUCACUGAGGAGCCGAGCUGGCACUCGCAAACUCAUGAGGCGACUGAGCCGACACAAACCAUCGUGGUAGAGCCAGAGUUUGUUGUGGAGACGACGACGUGCACCCAUCCACAUGUAUCGGGCAGUGGUAGUGACAGCAGUAGUGGGGGAAGUCACAGGGAUUCAUCGCAGCCCCAAUCACAACCCCAUGUGACCACGAAGGUCACAGCAACCGCCAAGGUCAAAGUUGAGGUCUGCACGCCCAUUCAUGGCGGGAUGGACAAAACAAGGCAUAUUCGCCGCCAUAGUCGAGACUCAAGUUCGGACAGCUCCACGAGUUCUAGCAGACACUCGUAGCAAUUGCUUUAACAGUGACGUUCGAUGACAACCGAAUGCCGCUGCCUUUCACGUACCUGUUACCCCACAUUACCGUGUGGCUUGUAUAUUUUAUACGCUUUUAACGUUUCUGUAUAUUUUUUGCACAUUUUAUUUAUCUACCAUCGCAACCUAUCCCGUUUUGUUUAUUUUGUAAACAAAGUAUUUUAUAUUUUCCUGUACAGAUAGUAUUAUUCGUCUAGCUUAAGUAUUUAAUGAACAUUGUGUAAAAUGUAAUUAUUGUAUCGCAAUAUUAUAUAGGUUGUAUAGUUAAUGGAAAUAAUAACUAUUUUAUAAAUAUAUUAAUUUAAUAAAAUACCUCUUUAUAGUGAUAGUGUGGCAGUUUCUGUUGUCUACACAGUAGUCAUUUUAAUUAUUAA